UGGUUUUACUUAAAAAAAAAAUUGAAUCAUAAUCAAAUUUUGGAAGAAGGUGGAUAGAAUAGGCGAGUUUGAACGGUUCGGUUGCGGUGGUCCGUGGGGAUUCCGGCGACACACGAAAAGGCGUGAUGGAUCCAUCAACCCAAUUUUCUGGCUUUCAGGUGAAUCCUGAACAAAACCCUAACCCUAACCCUAAUAUUUUCUUAGAUUCAAUCCCAAAUUCUGUCGAAAAUCCUAGCGUGAGCCACUACCUCUCUUUCUCUGUCCCCAAGAAGAGGAGGUGUGGCAGGUCCCAACGCAAUCCGGCGAUUCCACUCAUCUUCAACAACGAUCUUGCCUCCUAUGCCGCCACUGUUUCAGUUGCCUCUGACAUUUCCGAUGAAAUUAUUGUGAUAAACAAAGAAGCCAAAACAGAGGCCAUGAUCGCACUCAGUGCUGGUUUCCCGGCUGAUUCCCUGACGGAGGAGGAGAUUGAAGCCGCGGUUCUCACCGUCAUCGGUGGGAUCGAACAGGUGAAUUACACUCUCAUUAGGAACCACAUUAUUGCUAAAUGGCGUGAAAAUGUGUCCAGUUGGGUCAGUAAGAAGAUGUUCACUGAUUAUAUACCCCACCAUUAUCACUCCCUUUUGGACGCUGCUUAUAGUUAUCUGGUCUCACAUGGUUAUAUCAAUUUUGGUGUUGCGCCCCCUAUUAAGGAAAAAAUUCCUGCUGAACCGACUAAGCCUGCUGUAAUUGUCAUUGGGGCUGGCCUUGCUGGGUUGGCUGCUGCGCGGCAGCUCAUGCGGUUCGGGUUCAAAGUGACAGUGUUAGAAGGUAGGAAACGUGCUGGGGGACGGGUUUAUACCAAGAAAAUGGAGGUAGGGAAUAGGGUAUCUGCAGCUGCUGAUUUAGGUGGGAGUGUUUUGACAGGUACCUUGGGGAACCCACUCGGGAUUCUGGCUAGGCAGUUGGGUGAUAUGCUUCAUAAGGUGAGAGAUAAGUGUCCUCUCUACCGUGUGGAUGGAAAGCCUGUUGACCCUGAUACGGAUGUCAAGGUGGAAUCUGCUUUUAACCGUUUAUUAGACAAGGCUAGCAGGCUAAGGCAAUUAAUGGGGGAGGUCUCUGUUGACGUGUCACUUGGUGCAGCGCUGGACACAUUCAGGCAAGUCUAUAAGGAUGCAGUAAAUGAUGAGGAGAUGAACUUGUUCAAUUGGCAUCUUGCGAACUUGGAGUAUGCAAAUGCUGGUUUACUAUCACAUCUUUCACUUGCAUUUUGGGACCAAGAUGAUCCGUAUGAUAUGGGAGGAGAUCACUGCUUUUUGCCUGGUGGAAAUGGAAAGCUUGUUCAAGCCUUGGCUGAGAAUGUGCCUAUUUUAUAUGAGAAAACUGUACAUACGAUUAGGUACAGUAGUAAUGGAGUGCAGGUUCUUGCCGGAAGUCAGGUAUUUGAGGGUGAUAUGGCAUUGUGCACUGUUCCUCUAGGUGUGUUAAAGAAAGGGUCUAUAAAAUUUAUUCCAGAAUUGCCUCAAAGAAAACUUGAUGGAAUAAAAAGAUUGGGUUUUGGUCUACUGAACAAGGUUGCUAUGCUUUUUCCUCAUGUGUUCUGGGAGACAGAUCUUGACACAUUUGGGCAUCUUUCGGAUGAUCCAAGCCGUCGUGGGGAAUUUUUUUUGUUUUACAGUUAUGCAACAGUUGCUGGUGGUCCCCUGUUGAUUGCUUUAGUAGCAGGGGAAGCUGCGCAUAAAUUUGAGAGCAUGCCCCCUACAGAUGCAGUCACACGGGUUCUUCAAAUUCUCAAGGGUAUUUAUGAACCAAAAGGAAUCAACGUUCCUGAACCUAUCCAAACUGUCUGUACUAGAUGGGGUAGUGAUCCCUUCUGUUUUGGUUCUUACUCAAAUGUUGCAGUUGGAGCUUCAGGUGAUGAUUAUGAUAUUUUAGCUGAAAGUGUGGGAGAUGGUAGACUUUUCUUUGCUGGGGAGGCAACCACUAGGCGCUAUCCUGCUACUAUGCAUGGGGCUUUUCUAAGUGGUCUAAGAGAAGCUUCAAAUAUGUCCCACUUUGCUAAUAUUCGAUCACUGAAGAUGAAGGUUGAGAAGACCCCUUCAAAUGCUCAUUCUUGUGCUUCUCUUCUGGCAGAUUUAUUCAGAGAACCUGAUGUAGAAUUUGGGAGCUUUGCUGUCAUUUUUGCUCAGAAGAAUGCAGACCCCAAGUCACCAGCAAUCUUGAGGGUAACAUUUGGUGAAUCUAGAAAGAGGUGUCAUGAAGUUGCAAAACAAGAUCAACAAUACUCAAACAAAUUACUCUUUCAGCAGCUUCAGUCACAUUUUAAUCAGCAGCAGCAGCUUCAUGUUUACACUUUAUUGUCAAGACAACAGUUUCUUGACCUAAGAGAGGUUAGAGGCGGUGAUGAAAUGAGAUUGAAUUUCCUUUGUGAGAAGCUAGGAGUAAGGCUGGUAGGGAGAAAAGGAUUGGGGAUGAAUGCUGAUUCUGUCAUUGCUUCAAUUAAAGCUGAGAGGGGCAACCGUAAACCCGUAUCAACCUCAAUGACUCUUAAACCAGGGGCGACAAAGCUGAAAGCAGGCAUUCUGAAGCGAAAGUUCAUCAGAAAGGCAAAAGUGGUGAAGAAAAGCAAUGGUUCCUUGCCUCAUGCUAUCACAAAUGUGGGGAGUGCCUCUAAAGUAUCAGAAGAGGUUCCGAUAAUAGCUCAAGUGCUUCCUGAUGUACUUGUUUCAGAAAGUUGAAGAUUCCGCUCAACUUGUUUUCCCUGAGUUCUUCUGUCGGGUCACAAGGUAUAAUUCUUUGUAUCCCCUGUAGGAUAUCUACAAUUCUCGUAACGUUUUUUUAAUGAAUGGUAAUUUUCAAGCUACAUUUCAGGGUUGUUGUAAAUGGUAUUUUGUAAAUAAAUAGAUCUUCAUCACAGAGAUAAAUCCAAGAUCUUAAUGACUAUGUCAGAGGUGGUGGCCCACAUGGUAAACAGAUAUCUUUUUCCUUGACAUACUCUGUUUGUUUAGCAUGAAAACAAGUGGAAGGAAAACAAUGGAAAAUGGAGGGGGAUGAAAGUUGAAUGGAAAACUCAAGUCUUGGUUGUUUGGAUAACAAUGGAAAAUGGAGGGGGAUGGAAUACUUACACAUGGGUCCCACCAAAAUGUUUUCCACACAAGUAUGGACGGAAAACUGAAAAAGCAAACCUUUCUUUAUCAAAAGUCCUAUGACACCCUAUGUUUCACAAAUGUUAAUAAUAGUGCAGUACGUUGACUAUGUUCAUCUAGAGGAUGAAAUUGUAAUUGCACAUCAUACUCAUUUUCCUUUAUCUUACUUUUGUGUCUAUUUUACAUACAUUUUCACUCAAUCCAAACAACUUCAAAAUCA